UCUGUGUUUGUCUUCGCGUUGUCAGCCAUAUUAGCGCCCUCCUCCUCCAUCUCGACCACCGCUAACUUCAGGACAUGCACGCGUCAGGCCGGUUAUAAGGACGAAGAGGCAUAACGGUUUUAUCUGUUUGAAAGAACACUUUCAAAUCUGUACAAUGGAGGCCGUCAAGGCGUUUAACGGCGAGCUGUACUCACUGAAUGAAUACAAACCACCUAUCUCCAAAGCAAAGAUGACCCAAAUUACAAAAUCAGCAAUUAAAGCUAUAAAGUUCUACAAACAUGUGGUCCAAAGUGUGGAGAAAUUCGUUCAAAAGUGCAAGCCAGAGUACAAAGUUCCUGGUCUGUAUGUCAUCGACUCCAUUGUACGGCAGUCCCGUCACCAGUUUGGUCAAGAGAAAGAUGUUUUCGCUCCACGCUUUAGUAAGAACAUCAUUAGCACGUUCCAAAGCCUCUACCGCUGCCCAACAGAUGACAAGAGCAAGAUUGUCCGUGUGCUCAACCUAUGGCAGAAAAACAGUGUCUUUAAGAGUGACAUCAUCCAGCCUCUCCUGGACAUGGCAGCAGGACUCCCGCCCCCCAGUGUUACGCCCGUCUCUGCCAGCAGUGCUGCACCAGUCAACAGCACUACUCCCGGAACCCCUGCAACUCCAGCCACUCCAGCCAACAUAGUGCAACAUAGUCUCCCCGACUGGGCGUCUCAGAUCUCCAACACAGACACAGUGGCAGCGGUUGCCCAGAUCUUACAGAGUCCUCAAGGCCAGCAGUUGCAGCAGCUGGUCCAGAGCCUGCAGAUGCAGCAGCAGAAGCCUCAGCCCUCUCUGCUACAGGCGCUGGAUGCAGGUUUGGUAGUUCAGCUCCAGGCCCUCACCGCACAGCUCACCGCAGCCGCAGCAGCCAACACACUCAACCCGCUGGAGCAGAGAGUUUCCUCCUUUAACAAGAAGCUGUUGGGUCAGUUCGAUUUCGGGAAUGAGUCGGAACACAGCGAGGAUACUAAGAAAGAUGCUACGUCAUCUCAGUUACCUGUGGUGUCAGAUUCCAUCAAUAACUCGAUAUUUCAUCAGCUGGCCGAGCAUCUUCAGCAGCAAAACCUUGAGCAGUUUCAGAAACAGCUAAUGGAGCACCAGCAGCAUCAACAGAAGUCCAUGUCCAUGGAGGCCCAGGAUGCCAUCUUUGGUCCCGAAAGUUCUGCCCCUCCUGGCCAAAGCAGUGCCCCACCACAGCUCCCAGAACAAGAAGCAAAAAUGGAUGAAUCCAUUGAUAACCAACAACAGGACAUGGAUCUUGAUGAGGGACAGGAUACUAUAGAUGAGGAGCUCUUUGAAGCUGAGGAGAAGAAAACCAGCAGCACGCGUUCAAGAACACGCUCAAGAUCUCGGUCCAGGUCACCUAAGAGAAGGAGGUCAAGAUCUCGUUCAGGGUCUCGGAAGCGCAAACACAGGAAGCGAUCGCGGUCUCGGUCGAGGGACAGAAAGAGGAAGUCCUCCCGUUCUUAUUCUAGUGAGCGACGAGCGCGGGAAAGAGAAAAGGAGCGGCAGAAAAAAGGGCUUCCUCCUAUCCGCUCAAGGGUUCUCAGUGUUUGCAGCACUACUCUAUGGGUUGGCCAAGUGGACAAGAAGGCCACCCAACAAGAUCUUACUAACCUUUUCGAAGAGUUUGGCCAGAUUGAAUCUAUCAAUAUGAUUCCUCCCAGAGGCUGUGCUUAUAUCUGUAUGGUCCAUCGUCAGGAUGCAUACCGUGCCCUUCAGAAACUGAGCACAGGCUCCUACAAAAUUGGUUCAAAGGUCAUUAAAAUCGCUUGGGCCCUCAACAAAGGGGUGAAACAGGAGUAUAAGCAGUUCUGGGAUGUGGACCUUGGGGUCACUUAUAUUCCUUGGGAGAAGGUCAAACUGGAUGACCUGGAUGACUUUGCAGAGGGAGGCAUGAUUGACCAGGAGACUGUAAACAAUGAAUGGGAAUCACAGAGGAAUACUGAGACAGUCAAAGAGACUCCGAGUCAGGCUGUUACAGCUGAAACCAGUACAACCAGCAGCACACCUAGUGAGGCCUUUACACAGCCUGUCACUAUGAUGCCCAUGCAGAUUCCAGUGGCACAGACCGUCUCUGCUGUUGGCCUUGUGCCUCCAUCCUUCCCUGUCACCAUGUCAGUGCCCCCGCCAGGCUUUGGUCCUCCUCCACCCUUUCUGAGGGCAGGGUUCAACACCUCACAGCCUCCCCCAGGUUUUAUGGCCACGCCAGGAGUAGGACCCUCAGCAGUUGGAACCAGUCUUGCUUCGGCUCAGACAUCUCUAGUGCAGCCUUCGUUGCAAACCACUCAAGAGAACAGCAAGGAUUCUCUGUUUGGAGCCAUGAUUCCUCCCACCGGUACUAUUCCUGGGAGUUUUAUUCCAUCAGCAAUGCCUGGGGCAGGAGUCUUUAACCCUGUGGGAGUACAGCAUCAGCAGAGCAGCACAGACAAAACUCCUCAGUCUGCAGAAACUAUGGAGGCCGAGCUAACACUACAAGGAAUGCAGAAUGCCGUGCGCAGUGGAAUGGGUCUGCUGGGAAUGCACCCGUCUGCAUCUCUAACACACCCGCUCUCCGGUCAGAGGAUGGCAGGGCUACUUCCCCUGGAACUGCGACCCAACCUGCUCCAGGGCCCCGGGGGCCGCUUCCCCCUGCUCAUGCAGCCCGGUCUCGCACAUCAGGCCAACAACAUACUGGAUGCUUCUCUUCAAGCCCAAGCCCAUGUCCGUGUCCCAUUUCCUCAUAUGGAGCAAUUCAACCGUGCCGAGGGCACUUUUGCAAGAGCGCCUAACCCCUCAUCUGCUGGGCCUGACAGUCUGGCCAAGGCUAAUAACGAGACCCCACCCAGAUCAGAUGUAGGGGGCCAACAAGAGGGAGAUCAGGACUAUCGCUUUCCACCACCAGAAAAGCAGAGCACGGGGUUGUUGAAGACCCCUCCCUUGGAGAUGCGUACUGAGCCUGUGCCUGCCAGACCACCUUUACUAGAACGACCUCCGAGAGCAGUCGAGGGUCGAGAGGCUAGAAGAGAAAACAUGUCAGGAGGUUUCAGGACAGAAAGUCGCUGGGGGCCACCCAGGGGGGACUUUGAUGAGCGAGACAUGAGGGCGAUGUCUGCUGGACCUCCAAAGGGUUUCCCGGAGGAGCGUUCCAACCCUAACUUUCAGAGUCGUUUCGACGGCCGCGGUGGAAGUUCAUCAGGGCCAGCUUGGAAUCGUGGAACUGGGCCUUCUUUUAACCCCAACAUGCACCAGGACUACGACGAUCGACGCAGACCUUGGGAAAGGCAGAAAGACCGCGACGACAGGGACAUGGACUUCAGGGCCGAAAUGAACGGCAAUCGCCAUAACCGGGAGCGAGACAGAGACCGCGAAAGGGAGAGGGACAGGAAUCGGGACCGUGAACGAGCCAGAGAGCGGAAUCGCGAGAGGGAGCGCGAGCGCGAAAAGGAGAGGGAGAAUGAGAAGGACAAAGAGCGGGAACGCUGGACUCCACUUUCUUCACAAUCUCAGCCUCAGCCGCUGCUUCCUCAACCCAAGUCUCAGCCGCUUCUCCCUCUGCCGACCCCUCUGCUCGCUCAGCCUCAAGCACAAGCGCGAAUCAACUCGCCGUCUCCGCCAGUGUCCCAACACCAGCCUCAACCAGAACUGCAGCCAACGAAACCAGACGCUGAACUGCAACCAGAGGAGAAACCAGAGCCCAAGUCCCUCAGCCCCCCUAAAGAGACGGCAAGUAGUCACGAGCAGGAGGAAGCUUCAUUUAUCAAUGGAAUGGAAACAGAUUCAAAACCUCAAUUAAACAUUUUGGAGCCUGCGUCCCAGGCUGCUACAGAGCGCUCUCGUAGCCCCUCUCCAUCCCGCACCUCCACACCCACCUGCUUCCAGAAUGAGCCCUCGAAAGAAGAGAAGACCCCAGAAAUGUGUGUUUCCUCAUCUGUGGAUGCAGACACUAAACAGACUGGGCCAAAGGUGAACGCUGAGACUGAACCUGAGCUAGAGAAAACUGACACUGAGGAAACAUAAUCAUCACUCAGUAGGUAAAGAUCAUUUUGUAUAGUCAUCUCUGUAAUCGUUAUGAAAGCUCUCGCAGGACCCACUCAGUUCGCUAGAACAUAGCAGACACCUUAAUGAAUGAUUGUUGCCUCUCAAGCUUCAAAUGUAUGUGCAUUCUAGGCGGCUCACACUAGAGGAUCUAAAUGGUAGGUGGGAUUUUAAUAUUUUAUUUUAUUCCCUGUUUUUAGUUUUUAAUGCAACCCCAUUGUUUUAAACUAGGUGUGUUUUUUUUCUCUCAUGACACUUGCUUGCCAAAAUAUAAUGUAGCUUAAUUGUAAAUGCAGGGGGGAAAGAGGUUUGACCUUCCUAUGGAAGAGUGUACGGAUUCUGGCUGUCUCCUUUGGAUUGAUUGCAGAAUUCUUGAAAACAGCACUGGCUGGUUUCGUCUUUUCUUUUCAACACUGCAGCAGCGAAGUUUGAAAUGAAUGCUUCUGUGGUGUCCAGUGCUUCUUGUCUCUAAAGCAGAAUAUACGUACAUCAAAUACAGUGAGAACAGUACUAAGUUUUAGUUGCUUUAAAAGGAACCCUUACAAAAAAAAAAAAAAUUUAACUACGAUGUAUUAUCCCAAUAUUAAAUGUCUGUGAUUUUUCCUUCAUCAAACUUCUAUGGAAAUACAUGUGCUCAGAAAAGGCGUUUAAAGGAAAAAUGGAUGUUGGGUGCAAUCUGUUUUGGUUUUAAAUAAACAUGCUCUGAUUGUUAAAACAUUC